AUGGAUGCAUACAAGAAGGUUAUGAGUGUGGUGAUGUUGUUGGUCAUUGCCAAUGCCGUGAUUCUGGUUAAUGGCCAGUCGUUAUGUCACAUGACAAAACAAGGACUGAAAGCAUGCGAGCCGUAUGUCAAUGGUGACAAUUCUGCUGAUGAUCAAACUCCAUCCACUCCCUGCUGUUCUGCUAUUGCCAAAGCUGAUCUUCAAUGUCUCUGUCGUUACAAGGAUUCAGGGUUGCUUUCUUUCUAUGGUGUUGAUCCAGAACAAGCCAUGGAACUUCCUGUUAAGUGUAAGGUUAUGGACUCCUUCCACUGCUAA